AUGAAGGUGGCUACAGAAGAUGUCAAUGUUACUUUUGAGGACCAGCAAAAGAUAAACAAAUUUGCCUGCAAUACGAGUAGAAUCACUGAGCUACAGGGAGAAAUAGAAGUGGUUAAAAAGAAACAACUCCAGAACCUAGAAGACACUUGCAAUGACAUCCUGCAGAUGGGCGACAAAUGCCUCAUGAUUCUGAAUCAGGUCAACAGCUUCUCCCAAAAGGAAACACAGGGGAUGCUAGAAGGUGUGAAGAAAUAUUUGCAAGGAGAAAAUGGUGCCUUAGUGGAUUCGAUUCAGUGGGUGUCAGCAGCCGUGAAAGUUCAGUUAUACCCAAUAUUUGGCAGCAACAUAAACCUUGAAGCCGAUGAAAGUUAA